AUGGAUUCAUAUUAUACAACAUUAUUUGAUGAUAGUAAUAUGGGUGAAUGCCCAGGUACUGUAGAAUUACAAUUCAUAGACAAUCCUAAAUUUAGACACAUACUAGCGAGACUUUACCCACCAGGUGUAACUGAAGAAUGUGUACAACAAAAAAUUGAUCAGUUGGUGAAAGAAGGUAUAUGGGAAAAAGUUUCUUAUUGUGAUGCAUUUUCAUCGGUUAGACCAGUAAUUAAAAAAUUAGAUAAGGUUGAUAAAGACUCUGGUUUAGUUACUCCUGACAAUUUGAGAUUAACUGCAGACUUUAGUCUAUUAAAUAUGAAUCUUAAAACAAAUGUAUAUCCAGUCAAAAAUAUUUCUUCUGAAUUAGCUAGGGUAGGUUUAAUGAUUAAAGAUGGAAAUGAAUUUGUUUUAAGUGUAUUUGACGUUCAUUCUGCAUAUGAUAGUGUUAAAAUAACCAGAAAUUCGAGUCUUAAGUGUGGUAUUGCAACUCAUAAUGGUACAUAUAUUCCUCCUAGAUUGCCACAAGGAAUUUCUCUAAGUCCAUGCAUUUGGCAAGAAAGAAUUGAUAGUAUUAUGGCAAAAAUAGAAGCAGAAAAUAAAUAUAAAAUUCCAGGUUUUGGGUCUGUUAUGAUUGCCUAUUAUGAUGAUAUAAUCAUUGUAAGUACAAAAUUUAGUGAGCAUUUCGAAUUAUUAAAAAUAUUUUAA